AUGUCUAUCCAACGAUGGUCAACUGAAAUGCUGGUUAUGCUCUCGGCUCAUAUUGGGCAUGAGGAUAUGUCGGUCACAAAUCUUGCGAUGACUUGCAAGAGCAUCUACAACGCUCUGAUUCAAGUUAUUCUCGUCGACGAGGUCUGCUACAUGGAAAAGAUGAUGCAGGCAGGCAAGCUUAUCUUGACCAACGAUAAUGGGCGCAUUUACCGUAUACCGCCCGAGAACCCCGAAAAUUUUUACAACACCCUCUUCAAAACCAUAUUUAUCGAGCUCCCGGACGUCGACAAGGAUCUUCGAUGCCUUAACAGACUCAUUGUGCGGGCAAAGAAAGUGGAUUUGAUCAAGCUUCAAUUAAAAUCUUAUGGAUCCCGGCUGCCACCCAGAAGUCGGGCGCGCAAAUUGGCGACAAUUUUCAACAUCUGCGUUGAAAAGGACGCGGAUGUAGAGAUCAAGGGAUAUCCGCGCGACUGGGAAUAUGAACCAGGACCAUUUUCACUAAUAGUCGUAGAGGAAUCUGGGGGGCGUCGCAAUUCUCGUCACUUGGACACCAGACGCCGCUCUAGUCAACAUUACAGUGUUUCCGUACUCAGUGCAGCAAACCGUCGCCGGAAAACAAAUCCAUUGAUGGCCUUACAGCGUACGCUUGACGUGAUUCUACUGGCGAAAGAGUCAUUUUCCAGCCAAAUAACAGCCUCCUCGACUGUUCCCCCGUCUGUGCUGGUCAGCAUGAGGAAGCCAAAAUACGAAGUUCCACUUGUAGGCGAACCGAGGGCGACCGGCAUAGUUUUUUCAAGCACCAUCCCAUUCCGAGCUUCAUUUGCACGAUCCACAUUUUCUAUGCUCAAAAGUCCACAUCUAACCAACUUGGUCUUCUACAACGUCAAUCUGUCUGAGUAUGAGUGGUCUGUCAUUCUAGCGCGUAUAGAUCUCCCCGCACUAUCCAACUUCAUCACUGUGGACGAAACAAUUGCGUACCCUGACCUACGGAAGUUCCUUGCCAGGCAUCCUCGCAUCACAGGCCUCAACUUGUCUGGGUGUUUAUACCAGAACUCUGAAAUCGUGUUCGAGCUACCGAUAAAAGGUAUAGGCAGAAGGUUCUUGCCUGAGUUGGAUUAUUUGAAAGGAAAACCUCAGUACCUAACAGCAUUUAUGCGUGGCGGCGGUGGCCGAUUUCCGAAACUGAUGGUAGUAGACGUUCGCCUGACAAAGGACAAGGGAGAGAAAUUCAUAGACGUCGGCAAAAAGGAUACACAACGGUUCUUCGAGGCGUUAGCGCGUUUUGGACCUCAUAAACUUAUUUUGCGCGUCGAGUGCCUCCAGUCGACCAACCUUGUCGGCUGGCUCGCGGAUUGGAAUGAAAGUCAUUCGCGCUUCCGGAUACGCCGCCCACGUUCGUUGCCCUCCAUUCAUAAACUCAUCAUCGGAGAAUCUGGUUUUACUGUACCCCUAGAGCUACUAGAGAAAGUUGCCGCUUCCAAUAAUGCCGCCAGCAGAGGUCCUCCUGAAGUCGACGACGAAAAAAUUGUGAAGACAUAUUUGUGGAGAAAGUGUCCCAAUUUACAGGAAAUCACAUAUAGUUUCAUACGCUUCGUCAGUUCUUGUUUUAUUCCCUCUUUCGUUGGCUUACAGGUUUUUACGUUUACAGGGAGCGCAUUGUACGCUCAAAAGACCAGUGAAUUGACCAGGGAUUUUGUCACAUUAAUUUGUGCAUGGCAGCUGCAAUCGUUAUAA